ACGUCCGGCGCUCUUGCGGCCCGGGCUGGGGUGCGUGGAGCAGGACCAUGGGUGCACGCCGCCUCCCGCUGCUGUCCGCCGCCUGCGCGCUGCUGGCCCUGGCGCUGGUGCUGGCCGGCGACCCGUAUAGAGAAGACUGCAGAAAUAAAACAUAUCCUCCUUCAGGGCCUACGUACAAAGGGAAUGUUCCUACGUACGUCAUAAAUCUUGAUUUACCUCCCUACAAACGAUGGGUUAAUGUGAUGAAUGACAAAAAAACAGAGUUGAAGAAUGUAAUGAAGAACAUUAAAACCUUAGUAAAUGAAUUCUUCCCUGGUGGCAAAUUUUCUGACUUUGUGGAAGGUAAAAUGGUUCAGUUGCUUUCCAGUCUUCCCCAUCCUUUCAGGGAAGAGAUCGAAGGGAUUGCAAAUACUUCUGGAGCUGUUUUGGGAGAUGUUGUUCUGUUUAACGUCUUCUAUGAGAUUUUUACAGUAUGCACUUCCGUAGUUGCAGAAGACAAGACAGGAAAGCUGUAUCAUGCUAGAAAUUUAGAUUUUGGACUAUUUCUUGGGUGGGAUAUAAAAAAUAGUUCCUGGACUGUAACUCAGCAACUGAAGCCUUUAGUGGUAGCUCUCGAAUUCCAAAGAAACAACAAAACACUAUUUAGGUCAGCAAAUUUUGCAGGGUACAUAGGCAUGUUAUCUGGAGUCAGACCAGGAGCUUUCACUCUUACAAUGAAUGAGCGUUUCAGUAUUGAUGGGGGCUACCUUGGAAUCCUUGAAUGGAUUCUUGGUAAGAGAGAUGGUAUGUGGAUGGGCUUCCUCACUAGGACUGUUCUAGAAAAUAGUACAAGUUAUGAAGAAGCAAAGGAGAAACUAGCUAAAACGAGGUUACUGGCUCCAGCCUACUUCAUUCUGGGAGGAAACAAAUCUGGGCAAGGCUGUGUGAUCACUCGUUCCAGAGCAGCUUCUCUGGAUAUAUGGGACUUGGACAUCAAGCAAGGUACAUGGUUCUUGGUAGAAACAAACUACGAUCGCUGGAAGCCUCCACUUUUCUUGGAUAAUCGUAGAGAUCCUGCAAAGAAGUGCCUGAACCAGACAAAGCAAGAGAACCUCUCCCUAUCAACCAUUUAUGAUGUUCUCUCCACAAAGCCUGUCCUUAAUAAGUUGACAGUGUGCACAACACUGAUGGCAGUUGAUGGUGGCCAUACAGAAACUUAUCUGCGGGAAUGUCCGGAACCCUGUUCUCCAUGGUGAUCCUGUCCUUGCCUAGGAGUUGAGCUCUGCCUAUUGAACUGGAGGCUUGCCAAGAAAAGUGAUCUGACUGUUUCUGGAGAGGCUCCCCAACCUGCGACGUUGUCAGAAGCUUGAUAACUAUAUAGAAAUGGCCAUGAAGUCUUAAGGAUUGAGAUCCAAUGCAGGACGGGUCUUGUCCACUGCUUAACUGAUGGUUCAGACAACAAGCCUAUACUAACCUGCUUUUGUUUCCAUUUCCAAGUUUCUUUUUCUGCAGAUUAAAUACAAUAGUUGCCUCUGGGUCUCUACUAAUCUUCUGGUACUUCAAAAUUUGACUCUUUUUAGUUUUAGACCAAGAAUUCUUUUAAUAAAAAAAAUAGAAUAGGAACAGUACCCUCUUAGUACUAGACAUUUUUUGAUUAAAUUAAUUUUUUAAUGUUUUUAUUUUGAAAAGGAUACAUACAUAGGUCUUAAAAUUAAUUUUAUGAGUCCAGUAUUAAAGUCAUUUUUAAAAUGUCUUAGUAUAAAAUGUCUUAUUCAUAAAGUAGCUAAUUUUACAGUUAGGAAGCAGCUUGGCGUAGAUCCAAGUCAGAAGCGGCUGUUAGCAUUUUGGAGAUUCUUUUCCAUGUUGUUUGACUUUUUUUUUCUUAAAAUGCAGGGUUUAAUGCAUUUUAUAGCAUAAAUAGAUAGGAAUCACAUUAAGACAUUAUCUGGAAACUGUCUUUGAAAACCAUCUCUUUUUUGCCUUAAAAUGAUUGUAUGCUACUCAUUUGUGCAUAAAAUACCAACUUCUGCAAAGUUUUUGUACUCUAUCACAGUACAAGUGAAAGUGGACCCUUUGUGAACAGUACAUAGCGGUACUCUUUUAUUUAUGUUCCUAGCAGAUAAAAUGCCUGUUAGUGGGUGCAUCUACACGAGAUGCCACAUGUGCAGUAGACUAAUUUUGCUAUGCACUAGCAUGGCAGGCAAAAACCUUGGUAGUAUGCAGUAGAAUUAGUCUACUGUCCAUUAGCAUCAUGUAAAAUGCAUGCACCAGCAUUACUAGGCAGUAGCGCCAGUUCCUGUGCAUUUAGUUUCAGUACCUGUGAUAAGAGGUACUAAACUAAAUGUACAAAAACCACUGUGCAUGAAAUCAUGUGUAGAUGUGCCCAGUAAGUAUCAGGCUGAACUGUGUGUGAAGUUGGACAGAAUUAGUAGUGUUUUGGGGAGUGGAAGGAAGAUUAGUAUGGUUUCUGCUGUAAGUGGAUUUUUUUUUAAUUAAAAAAAAAUAAUAAUUAACACAAGGAAGAAGGCAGUCAAAGUUUGGGACAAAAUUCAACCUGUAAGGGGAAAGAUGGGAUGCUUAGAUAAGGUGCCCUAGCAUCCAUUUUCGUAAAGCUGGUUGCCUGCUUUCUAGGAUUCUUCUGAGUAUAAUAAUAGCCAUUUCUCGUCUCUGGAUUUUUCUUUUGUUUGUUUGCCAAUGAUUACACCUCUAAGAUUUAGCUUUCCAUCUCCAGCUCUGUACACUUAACAUGAAGGACCAAGUGUAUUCUCUUCAAUUUUAAACUAACAACUUCUAUGUUUUUAAUUUAUGCUUUAAAAUCUCUUUUUGCCUAUCUUUAUGAUGGCAUUAUAAUGCCUCUAUGAAAUUGAUAUAAAAUUCAUAAUUAUUUUAGUAUACCAUUCUCAUAGGAAAGCAUACCUAAAUCAUCUGCUGUCUUUGAUACUGUAUUGCCUUUUGAAGCUUACCAAAAAUACCUGUUGUAAGGCAUUUAAAAUAACACAUGGUAACAUGAAAACUAAUUUUUAACUGCUAUAGUAUCAAACCUUUACAUCAGUUAUGAAGUCAGCAAUUCUUGAUGCCUAUGUAAUUAUGCUUUUUUUUUUUUUCUUCAGAGAAAUUCAGAAUAAUGACCAUCCAAAACAGCAAGCUCAGGACUCUCUCCAAUAGUUAGAAAUUAAACAAAAAAACUACUUUUGUUCCAACUAGCAAGCUGGAAAGUCUGCAGGGAAGAUCUUGUCCUUUUAAAAAAAAAAAUACACAUAGCUGAGUACAAAUUUGAUUAACCAGCUUAAUGCUGGAAAUAUCUUUAAUGCUAAUAUACUGUGGGGACAAAUUUAGUUUCCACCUUGUCAUACUACUGAUUUUAAAUUAAUGUGGAAUUUUUAUUAGUGUUUAAAAUAAUAAUGCCUUAAUGAAGAGUUACAGUAAGCUUUUAUUUUUUUAUUUUUAUUUUUUAAGUGGGCUAUCUGUUAAUGGUAGACUUAGGGUGUGGAGAGAGAACUUUUGAAACAUUUUCAAGUGAAGUGAGCUUGGAAGCAUUUCAAAAAGAUAUAGAUCUGUGACUUCCAUCCAGGAGGUGCUAGAAGAGGUUGCAGCAACAUGCAGCUCUACUCCACACCUCUUGCUGGGGAUGAGGGAUUGGAGAGUGCUGGAAUGGAAAUAAGCAGAGGACUCAUGUGGGGAAAGAGGGUGGAUGGGGCUCCCUAGUACCUCUGAGAUUCUAACACUUCAGUUCCAAAUCUGCUAACCCCACUCUUCUCAGUGGAGUAAAGAGGAGGAGAGCUGGAAAGGCUAGCAGUGGGGGGCCCUAGAAAUAGUGGGGUCUGUGAAAAACAGAUGAUGCACAGGGACAGGGAAUCCAUGCAAGUGAAAUGCUUCAGAAUAGUACUUCCAUUUCAAGAGGUGCUGCUUUGGAACACUUUAGCUGCUUUUGAAACAUUUCAAAGGGCAUAUUUAUACAGCUGGUCUUUUGAAAUGUUCCAGAAGUGUUUGAAAUGUUUCAGUUGUUCCUUCUGUCCACACCCUUAUUCCAUGAGUUACACUCCAUCUUGCUAAUGCUCCAAAACAAAAUUAUUUUUUUUGCCUGAGGAUCUUGAGUAAUAAUUAAAACCUUAAUCAUCUAAAAAAGUAAAUGGAAACUGGCAUACAGGUGGGCAAAGUGAAAUCUAGGUUUUUUUCAGGGGAGAUGGGAUCUUCAAUAAAUCUCAGAGUAAUGGAAUAGGAUGCAAGCUCCUGGUCCCUUCUCCAAAUAGUGAAAUGUCCUGCUUGAAUACAUGGUAAGAGUGGCAUUGUACUACUUUUAUUCCUUUUGUUCAAGUCAACUGAAUUAAGUGUCUCUGUGUGCGCCUAAUUAUAAAAUUAACAAGCAAAUAACUAGAAACAUCCUUACCUGCAAAUUCACAUAGUUCAACAUUACCCCAUACCCAACUUUUAAUCUGAUUUCCGCCUCCCCCACAAUGAUAGAUUGGAGUAAUAUUUUUUUUUACUGAGAUAUAAGCAUAUCAAGAGCAUACUAGAGACCAAAGUUCUUAUUUCCAAAUAUGUCUGUAUUACAUAACACCUUUGUAUAUAUGAAUGUAGUAAUUAAUAAUGGACAAAAGAUUCAAAGGUAGACAAAUGUUGCACCACUUCUCAUAAAGAGCCAAAGUGUAAGCUACUAAACGCACAUCCUAAUCCAGGAUUAUUAUAUAAGAAUUUCAUUGCUUAAGGUUAUGUAGCAUAAAACAGAACAGUGCUUCCUGGAAUGUGGUCUAAAAUUUUAAUGGCACUUCUGUUCUUCUUUAAGUAGCAAACACGUGGAUCAUUCCUUGUGCAAAAUAACUCGGUCUUGUUGCAUGAUGUCUCUGAUGCUAACUGAAUUGCAUUUUUGUUUCUGUAACUUCAAAUAACUGAAACCUGCUGGAACCUGCAUACUCAUGGAAUUUGUGAUAUUUCCUACCUAAGAAAAUAAAACUGAAAAAAUUAUAGGGAAA